AUGCUGGACUUCGCCAUCUUCGCCGUCACCUUCCUGCUCAUCCUGGUGGGCGCCGUGCUCUACCUGUACCCGGCAUCCAGGCAGGCGUCGGGGAUCCCGGGCUUGGCUCCCACUGACGAGAAGGAUGGCAACCUGCCGGACAUCACCGCCAGCGGCAGCCUGCACGAGUUCCUGCGCAACCUGCACGAGAAGCACGGCCCGCUCGUCUCCUUCUGGUUCGGGAGGCGCCUCGUGGUCAGCCUGGGCGCCAUCGAGCUCCUCAAGCAGCACGUGAACCCCAACAGGCUACUUGAUCCAUUUGAGACAAUGCUGAAGUCCUUCCUGAGGUACCAAUCCAGCCUGAAUGGGGAUACAGGAGAGAGCCAUCUGAAGAGAAAGCUGUAUGAAAAUGGUGUGACUAAGACUUUACAGAGUAACUUAGCUCUUAUCCAGAAGCUAUCAGAAGAGUUGCUAGCCAAAUGGCUCUCUCUUCCUGAGGCUCAACAUGUGCCACUCUGCCAGCACAUGCUGGGCUUUGCCAUGAAGUCUGUCACACAGACAGCUCUGGGCAGCAGCUUUGAAGAUGACCGAGAAGUCAUCCGAUUCCGCAGGAACCAUGAUGCAAUCUGGUUCGAGAUUGGGAAAGGUUUCUUGGAUGGGUCCCUUGACAAAAACAUGACUAGGAAGAAGCUGUAUGAAGAUGCUCUGACAGAGAUGGAAUCCACUUUAAGGAAAGUCAUAAAGGAGCGUCGAGGCAAAUCAUUCAACAGACACAUCCUCAUAGACAGCUUACUGCAAGGGAACCUCAGCGACCAGCAGAUUCUGGAAGAUGCCAUGAUUUUUUCCUUGGCGGGAUGCGUAAUCACUGCUAACUUGUGCACCUGGGCAGUCUAUUUCCUGACAACCUCCCAAGAUGUCCAGCAGAAUCUCUACAAGGAGGUGGACCGUGUUGUGGGGAAGGGACCAAUUACGCUCGAGAAGAUUGAGCAGCUCAGAUACUGUCGGCAAGUCCUGUGUGAGACAGUGCGAACAGCAAAACUUACUCCCAUUGCUGCACAGCUGCAGGAGCUGGAGGGCAGAGUUGACCAACAUACUAUCCCAAAAGAGACACUUGUGCUUUAUGCUCUGGGUGUGAUGCUGCAGGAUAGUUCAUCUUGGCCUUCACCAUACAAAUUUGACCCAGAGAGAUUCAAUGAAGAAUCAGCCAUGAAAAAUCUCUCCGUGUUAGGUUUUUCAGGAAGCCAGGAGUGCCCGGAAUUGAGGUUUGCCUAUAUGGUGGCUACAGUUCUGCUGAGUGUUCUGGUAAGGAAAUUGUACCUCCACCCAGUGAAAGGACAAGUCAUGGAGACCAAAUAUGAGCUGGUAACAUCACCAAAGGAGGAAGCCUGGAUAACGGUGUCUAAGAGAAGUUAAGAGCAAGCAAAACAGAGGGCUGAAAGUGCCAGCAGUCUCAAGUUCUGGGCAAAGUCUUUAGAGGGAUUGGUGCUGGCAGCACACUGACUCAGCCAAGGAAUUUUACAUCCACUUUUUGUUACUUUCCAUGUUCUUAACUACACUCCCCUUUGUGGGUACUUUUUCUAACUCAACUAAUGGUCAUAUUAAAAUAGAUGUAAUCUGUUUGCAUUUUUUUACACUUGCUUUUGGAUCUCUAGCUAUACUCUUGCAAAGGAAGCAAUAAAACCUUGCAGUGUUUUUCUCUGUCUCUUCACUGCCAGAUGCCAGCUAACCAAAGAGCAGGCUCCUGGUUAGUCCAGCACCUCUCCAACAGCACCCAGAGCUGGAUAU